AUGGCUUCCUCUGGGUUCUCUCAGAGACAGAGGCUCUCUGGAGGUGGCUCCGGCUACGGUGCAGGUAUUGCCGUCCGCUUCGCCAACGAAGGUGCAAAGGUUGCAAUCACCGACAUCGAUGUUGCUCGUGGUGAGGCACUGGCUGCCUCCUCGAAGGGCAAAAUUCACUUCUAUCAACAAAAUGUUGGCAAUAUCCAAGAUUGGCAGAGAGUGGUCGCUGCGGUGGAAACAGAACUUGGGAAGAUCGAUUGUUUGAUCAAUAACGCAGGAACCACCUACGCCAAUAAGCCGACCCUCGAAGUGACGGAAGAAGAUUUCGAUCGCUGUUUCGACGUGAAUGUCAAGGGCAUUUUUCAUGGAAGCAGCACGGUCAUCCCGCGUAUGUUGAAACAUAACCAGCGAGCCUCUAUCAUCAACAUCGCUUCCGUGGGCGCUACACGCCCCAGGCCAGGCUUAGUGUGGUACAACAGCUCCAAAGCUGCAGUCUGUAAUGCUACCAAAGGUCUCGCGGCAGAAUUUGGGCCCCGUGGUAUCCGGGUCAAUUCGGUAUGCCCAUUGCUCGGGGGCACAGGAUUAUUCCAAGCGUUUUCCGGACAACCUGAUACGCCUGAAAACAGAGCCAAGUUCAUUGGGAAUGUUCCCCUCGGUCGGCUUUGUGAGCCACUUGAUGUCGCAAAUGCGUGCUUGUUCUUCGCAAGCGACGAAUCGGCAUUCAUAACAGGAGUCAAUCUGGAGGUCGAUGGUGGAAGAGCUAUAUAA